AUUGAAACAUGAGCAAGGAAAAAUAACAAAAUAAAAAGCUUAAAAAGAUAAAACUAAGAAAAUGUAAGAAAAAGAAAUUAAAUUAAAAGAUCUUAGAAUUGAAGAUUUGAAUAAAAAGUAUGAAGAAAAACAUAUGCUUAAAUUUGGAGAUAUUAUUGAUCUCAAAAUACUUGAUGCUUUAGAACCAACCAAAGCUGUCUUAGAUAUGAGAGCAUAAUUUAAUUAGGAAGAAAAAGAAGCAUAAAGAAAAGUUUCCAGAGCUAAAGAAGAAUUGUCUAAAGUGAAAUAAUAAUUAUUAGAAGUGAAGAGAGAAAAUACAAAGAUUUUUACUAACAUUACCAAAUUAGGAAAGUAAUAAAUGGAUUUAAGUAAAAAACUUACUUCAGGCAAUAAAUAAUUGUUUAAGGGUGAUAAUAAAGAGAAAAGAUCAGAUAUGGAAAGUGAUAAAUAGAGUUUAGAAGAUCUAGUAAAAUUUUUAGGUAAGGAAAUAGAAGAUUUAAAGAAUGAGAUUGGAUUAUAUAAAAAGAAAGGUAUAUUAUUAUCUAUAAAUUAGGUGGACAUAUAUAUACAAGUAUUACAUAAACAAAUCAAAACUUUGUUUAAAGAUGA